UUACAGGUGUGUGUUUCCUCAGAGGACUGAUCUUAUUUUAAUGAAGAGAUGAAGACGGAACAAAUCAUUAUUUUCAUUUGUUUGUUACAAGGUGUUUGGUGUGGAGAUUGGAACAUCAGUCUGCCAAAGAAGACUGAAGCUCUGAGUGGAUCCUGUGUGAGCAUAAACUGCAGAUUUGACAUUGAUAACAAAUAUGACAAUGAUCUGACUGACAGUGCUGCAGGAGUGUGGAGUAAAGAUGGGCAUCUAGACAACAAUAUUGUGUUUAACUCCAGCAAGUCCAAUCUCUUUUUUAAAGGGAACAUAACUGGAAAAUUAAAAAGCAAGGACUGCACUACCAUCUUUUAUAAUGUUACUUCAAAUUACAGUGGUACAUUUUUCUUCCGGAUUGAGGGUAAUGGUGGACUGAAAUAUACCUAUACACAAAACACAUCAAUAGCUGUGAUCGACUCUCCCCCCAAUCCCACAGUGCAGAUGUUUAAGGAUCAGAUGAAGGUUGAGGUUCAGGAGGUGUUGGAGGGGAGCUCUAUGUGUCUGCGCUGCUCUACUAAGACUCUCUGCUCCUCUUCUCCACCAACUCUCACAUGGAGCUCCACUGACAGACUCCACCUCAAUGAGAACAGCAGACUACAGCUGGAUCAACAGAAUCAAACUGAGAUCAUCUCUGAUCUGAACUUCACUGCUACUCACCUUCAACAUGGAGUCACUUUCAUCUGCACUAUAACCUACCAGCUACAGCAGAGGAUCAAAACAGCACAGAGCAACAUCACAUUACGUGUUCUGUAUGCUCCUAAAAACACAUCAGUGUCUGUGUUUCCAUCUAACUCUGUACUGGAGGGCAGAUCAGUGACUUUGAUCUGCAGCAGUGAUGCAAAUCCAGCAGUGCUCACCUGGUACAGAGAGAAUGGAGGACAGCUGAAGGAGCUGCAGACUGGAUAUAAUCUCACCUUCAAUGUGACUGAUCGUACACACACAGGACGCUACUACUGUCAAGCAAGAAACCAACAUGGCACCAAAAACACAUCAGUGUGGCUGGACAUUCAGUAUGCUCCUAAAAACACCUCAGUGUCUGUGUUAUCUAACUCUGUACUGGAGGGCAGUUCAGUGACUUUGAUCUGCAGCAGUGAUGGAAAUCCAGCAGUGUUCAUCUACACCUGGUACAGAGAGAAUGGAGGACAGCUGCAGACUGGAUAUAAUCUCACCUUUAAUGUGACUGAUCGUACACACACAGGACGCUACUACUGUCAAGCCAAAAACCAACAUGGCACCCAAAACACAUCAGUGUUGCUGGACAUUCAGUAUGCUCCUAAAACCUCAUCAGUGUCUGUGUUUCCAUCUAACUCUGUAUUGGAGGGCAGUUCAGUGACUUUGAUCUGCAGCAGUGAUGGAAAUCCAGCAGUGUUCAACUACACCUGGUACAGAGAGAAUGGAGGACAGCUGGAUGAGCUGCAGACUGGAUAUAAUCUCACCUUCAAUGUGACUGAUCGUACACACACAGGACACUACUACUGUCAAGCCAAAAACCAACAUGGUACCGUUAACGCAUCAGUGUUGCUAGACAUUCAUUAUCCAACCAAAAUCUAUCUCUUCAGUUGUAACAGAACUAAUGUAACUGUGUGUUUGUGUGAGGCUCAUGGGAAUCCCUCUCCUAAAGUGGAUUGGUUUCUAUCUGGACGUCCUGUCAGUAACUCUACAAACACAUUCAUCAGUGAGGAGCGAUUGAGCAGCACAGACUUGAGGAGCUUCAUUUCUCUCCAUCAGUCACUUACACACACAGACACUCUGCAGUGUGUCACCACCAACACUCACGGCACUGCUAGUGAACUGAUUCAACUGGUUUGCAGUCCUCAUGAGACGACUGAUUUCUUAUCAGGUUUCAGUCUUUUCUCUGUGCUGAUCGGAGCUGCUAUUGGAGCUUCAGUAAUGAUGAUCUUGUGUGUCAUCACCCAUCUCUGUAAACGAAAUAAAAACAGCAGAUCCUCAAAGACAAGACGAGAAGAUACAGCUGGACUUAUUCUGACUGACAGGGAGAAUGAAGAACCUGUUUAUGCCAAUAAAGCUGUGUUGUCACCUGCUAAAAAUACUUCAAUGAAUUACCCACAAUCCCUUCAUUAUUCCUCCAUUGACUUCACAAACACCCAAACAGAGUCAGAAGAGAUCAGGGGCGUCUCCUCACUUACUGCUGUCUAUGCUGAUGUCCGACAUUCAGGACAAGAGGAAGCAAAGACCUCUGUGGGAAGCAUUGAACCUCUGCCCAACAGCAACAUAUCAACAGUUGAAAUAGCAGACAGUACAGCAAGAGAUCCACAAUUUAACAUCAGUACAGACACUGAGCAAACUCAGUCAAAGAAAACUGAUUUGCAGUCAGAUGAAGUUUCUGAUCUUUACGCACAAGUAAAAUACUGCCAUCCAAAGAAUAAAAAAUAGGUAACUUGGCAUUUUAUGCUAUGACAAAUUUUAAAGAGUCUCCAUUCGAAAGAUUUUUAAAGAUAUUUCUACAGAGACUUAGGAUUGUUAUGUCAUAAAAAAGUACAUAUAAAAAUACAGUAUUAAUUAUAAAUUAAAAUGAAUGCAGAAUGAUUUUAUGUUUUUCCUUUAAAUGUAUGUUUGUGUGUAUAAUAUGUGUAUAGCAUUUUUGUAGUUGAAUUUGAUAAAUUCUAGGUUUUAAUCUAUGAUAAUUAACAUUUAUUAGGUUUAAAGUAUAUACCACAGGAAUACGCUGAUGUGUCUAGUUUUAAAGUAGGCCGACAUUAAUAAAUAGAAACUCCCUUAGGGAAAUCAACAAUAGCAAAAUUUACAGAAACUGUGAUGUUUAUAUAUUGUUAACCAUAUUCUCUAACAGCUUGCUUGUUUUGAUUUACUUUAUUGUUAUUUUGUGUGCUCUAUGA